AUGCCUUUUGUUAAUUAUCUUUGUUUGAUUUGUCCUCAUCCCAGUCCUGAACGUCAAAAUUUUCCAGAUAUUUUACUUGAACAAAUUAAAACAUUAGUAUUACCUCAAUAUGCAGAAUUUUUGGAUGAUGAUUAUUUUGUUUGGUCUCGAUAUUUCCCAUGUGUAGAACGAUUAGUUGGUACAAAAAAAACAAUUAAAAUGACAUGUAAAUGACGUAUCUUUUUAUUAUUACAAAAACAAGAAGAAAAACUGGCAAUGGCAAAUAAUCUAAACAACAAUAUAUCUUCUGACAAUGUGAAUCGAUUGAAAGAAUUAAUCAAAGCUAAAAUUAUAUCAAAGGAAUAUACAAUUGAUGGUAUUGAUAUGGAUUUGAGUUUUACUAAGCUAAAAGAUGAUGAUUGGCCUAUUGUAUUCGAACAAAUACAAAAUAAAGAUUAUCCUUUACGAGGUUUAUCAGUAUCAUGGGAUGCAACUAGUAAUAAAAUGAUCGAGCCUGGUUUUAUUGAAUUUAUUAAAAUAAUUGAAAAUCAUACAACAUUGAUUCGUUUCAAAUUCUUUUUAUAUUCCAUUUCUGAUAAUACGAAAACGAAUUUUUUAUUAGACGCAUUAAAAAAAAAUUGUUCGAUCAAAAAUGUAUCAGUAGAUGCAAUCGGCGUUAAUGAACAAACGACAAAAGCAUUUGCAGAAGUACUGAAAGAUAAUCAAUCGAUACUUUCACUCAAUUUUUUGAGCUAUAAUCAUAUCGAUCCGCGGGAACCUCCAUAUCCUAUGUUCUAUGAAUGUGCUACUGAUUUAUCUCAUUCAAUACCAACAAGCGUUCUUCAACGACUUAAAAUUGGUUAUAUUGAUGAUAGAAGUUUCAGUAUAUUAAUACCAUCAUUAGUAAAAACGUUACAUGUUCUUGAUUUAUCGGAAAAUGAGUAUUUUUCACCAGAUAUUUCUACCUUUCAAUCAAAUAAUAAUACCCUGAAAGUAUUCAUUCUCCAUCCUUCCGGAUUUGAGAAAUUCAAACAAUCAAAAUUAUCUUCAAAAAUUCAUGUUGUUAAUCGUGAUAGUUUUCUAGGCAAAUUAUUUUCUCACAAAGGUCCUAUUUCUAUAACACCACAUACAAUGAAUAAAACUGAUUGGUCUAUAUUAUUGACGGAAUUAACAAAUGAUAUUAAUAGUUUACGUGAAGUAGAUUUAGAUUUGUCUAAUGGAUG